CCACACCUUAUAAUGACAGCUAGUGUGUCUGCCUGCCCAAUCUGUCCAGCACCAGCCUCAAUAAGACACAGGUGAGCUUUUUUCUCUCCUGUCUUAUCUUGGAAGCUUCACAGUGUCUUGGGUGGAAGCGCCAGUCAAACACCAACCAUGAGGAUCCAUUACCUGCUCUUUUUCCUUUUCUUCUUGUUCCUACUCCCUAUUCCAGGUGAAAGUGGGUUGCUGUCACGAAUAAGCAGCAUGAUCUGUAAAGUGAGGCAGGGCAAAUGCAGAGUGAUUGGAUGUACCAGCAAAGAAGAAAAGAUAGGGACCUGUUCACUUGGCCGCCGAAAAUGCUGCCGCAAGAAGAAAUGAGGGACCACACAGAGCUUCAAGGUGCAGGAAUCUUCAGCAAAAAAAGUGGUCAAGAGAAAUUUGUACAAUUUAAAUUCAUUAACAUCAUUUUGUUUAAGAAGGAAAAGUCUUGAACUCCUGUGACCAAGGCUAAUAGGUGGUUUGCUCUUUCCCACAGAGACACCAUAUUUGAAUUAAAUUGAAACCCCUUUCUUGGUAACUCAAUCACAUCCUACUUUAUACAGUAUUUAUUGAUAUGCCAUAUUUUGACUAUGAACUCGGCAGGUUUUCUGUAUUUUUCAUCUUUGUAUAUGGGCAUCCUGUGCAGAGUAGCAAUUAAUAAAAGUUUAUUGAAUUGUUAUUGAA